ACAAAUAGAAUUGUUGGCACAUAUGGUUAUAUGUCUCCAGAGUAUGCAAUGCACGGACAAUUCUCUCUUAAAUCUGAUGUGUAUAGUUUUGGCGUCUUAGUUCUUGAGAUUAUCAGUGGCAAAAAGAACAGUAGCUUUUAUGAAACAGAUUAUGCUGAGGACCUCUUGAGCUAUGCUUGGAAACUUUGGAAGGAGGGAAAUCCCUUGACAUUAUUGGAUCCAACAUUGGCAGAUUCUUAUUCAGAGAACGAAGUUGUGAGAUGCAUCAACAUUGGGUUAUUAUGUGUUCAAGAAGAUCCAGAAGACAGACCAACAAUGAAGACAAUAAAUCUUAUGUUUAACAGUUACUCAAUCACCCUGGCAGUACCGAAACAGCCAGCAUUUUACAAUAGAACCGAUGGAGACAUGCAAUCAAUGGGACUAAAGUUUGAUGAGUCUAGAAGCGUUGAGGUUCCAGCUUCUAUCAAUGAAGCAUCAAUAAGCGAAUUUUAUCCUCGUUGAAUAUAUAGUACUUAAGCAAUUAAAUAUUGUAAAACGAAAUGCAUGCAUGCAUGCGUGUGUUUUAAUUUAAUGUAUUUAUAUUUUUCUUUCUAAAUAUAUGUGUAACUAGACAAGUUGCUUAGCAUGGUGUUUAAGUCAUGCAUAGUGAGACGUUUAGAAGCUUCAAAUAAAUGUAUCCUGUUUCUCAUUAGAAAAAAAAAAAGAAAAAGAAAAAAAUAACUGUAUCUUGUUUCAAGUCAAUAGAAAUAAA